AUGUUUUGGAGGCGCAAUGAUUUUACUGUCAGGCGAUUUCCGCCAAACACUGCCAGUAAUUCAAAGAUCAACAGCUACCGACGAAACAAACGCUUGCCUCAAAUCUUCGAAUCUAUGGGAGUUGCAUUGCUUAAUGAUACAUCUGCUGAAGAUUUCUCUGAGCAAGUGCUGAUUAUCGGUAAUAGUGGAGUACCUGUCGACGAAUCGAGCGGAUUGAUUUCAUUUCCUCAGAAUUUCUGUAACUUUGUCUCAUCGAAAGACGAACUUAUUAACAAAGUAGUCCCAAACAUCAUUAUUAACUACAAAAAUAAUGAAUGGUUGAGUGAGCGAGCAAUUUUAGCGGCUAAGAAUAAAGAUGUAGAUGACCUAAACCACAUAAUUCAGAAUGAUAUCAUUCGAACAAUGCAUUCAUCCAAAUCCAUUGACUCUGUAACAAAUGAAGAUGAAUCCACCAACUAUCCAAUUGAAUUUUUAAGCUCCUUAGAUGUGCCUCGCUUACCACCGCAGAAUUUAUGCCUAAAGUUUGGUUCCGUAGUAAUCAUGCUUCGAAACAUAAACCCACUAAAACUUUGCAAUGGUACGCGGUUGGUGGUAAGUAAAUUGAUGAACAAUGUGAUUUAUGCGACGAUACUCAAAGGAAAAUUCGAAGAUGAGGAAGUUCGUAUUCCGAGGAUCUCGAUGAUCCCAACCGAUAUGCCGUUUGAGUUUAAAAGACUUCAAUUUCCGAUCUGUCUUGCAUUCAACAAAUCACAAGGACAAUCCUUGAAAGUUUGUGGUCUGAAUCUGGAAAAUCAAUGUUUUUCACAUGGUAAAUUAUAUGUGGAAUGUUCACGGGUCGGAAAACCAUCUGCGUUGUUUGUUCUUGCGCCUGAUAAUAAAACAAAAAAUGUCGUGUAUCACAAGGUGCUUAUCUGA